AUGAAGGCAGCAAUACGACCAGGCUCUAGUGCCUUGCGAUCAAUCUCCAAAAGAAGACCCUCUGCAUCACAGUCUUUUUCGAGCACUUCCCCCGCAGCAGCUCUUUCACCGCACAGUCCAAGAACUGCACAAAGGUCCAAUGCCGCGCAGUCGAAGAGACCAGCGACGACAGCUGCUGCGCCAGCACCGGAGACACGAGCAGUGCCUAGUCCAGCGUUCAACCAGGACUUUCGUCGCAAUGAACCGUCGCCUUUGAUAAACAGACAGCAACCUGAGCUGGAUGACUCCUUCGUCGGCCUCAGUGGAGGUGAGAUCUUCCACGAGAUGAUGCUACGCCAGGGUGUCAAGCAUGUGUUUGGCUACCCUGGUGGUGCUAUUCUACCCGUCUUCGAUGCUAUCUACAACUCAAAACACUUCGAUUUUAUUCUACCAAAACACGAACAAGGAGCUGGUCAUAUGGCUGAGGGUUAUGCAAGAGUGACAGGAAAGCCUGGUGUUGUUCUUGUGACAUCUGGUCCAGGAGCCACAAACGUCAUUACUCCCAUGCAAGAUGCUCUGAGCGAUGGUACUCCUAUGGUCGUCUUCACUGGUCAAGUCGUAACGAACGCUAUUGGAACAGACGCUUUCCAGGAAGCCGAUAUUGUGGGCAUUUCAAGAGCAUGCACAAAAUGGAACGUUAUGGUCAAGAAUGUGGCCGAGCUCCCAAGAAGAAUAAAGGAGGCCUUCGAGAUUGCUACAUCUGGUCGUCCUGGUCCCGUCCUCGUUGAUCUGCCAAAGGAUGUUACAGCAGGUAUCCUGCGGAGACCCAUUCCUAUGCAAUCCACUCUUCCAUCGCACCCCUCGGCUGCCACGAGAGUGGCUCAAGAAGUCUCCAAGCACCAGCUACAAAGCACAAUCAAGCGUGUCGCGAACCUAAUAAACAUCGCGAAGAAGCCCGUUAUUUAUGCUGGUCAAGGUGUUCUAGGCAAUCCAAAUGGCCCGGCUCUCUUGAAAGAGCUUGCGGAUAAGGCCAACAUACCCGUCACAACCACUCUCCACGGUCUCGGCGCGUUUGACGAGCUCGAUCCAAAGUCGCUACACAUGUUGGGUAUGCACGGAUCAGCAUAUGCGAAUAUGGCCAUGCAGGAAGCUGAUCUGAUUAUCGCGCUGGGUGGUCGCUUCGAUGAUCGUGUGACUGGCAGUAUCAGCAAGUUUGGUCCAAUGGCCAAGCAGGCUGCAUCAGAAGGUCGCGGUGGUAUCGUCCACUUCGAGAUCAUGCCAAAGAACAUUAACAAGGUCGUUCAGGCAACAGAAGCUGUCGAAGGUGAUGUCGGUACCAAUCUCGAGCACCUCUUGCCUCACGUUAAGAAGGUUCCAGAGAGGUCUGAAUGGUUCGGACAGAUUAAUAGCUGGAAGGAGCAAUUUCCACUUGGAAGCUACGAAAGAGAAACACCUGAAGGACUGAUUAAGCCGCAGCAACUGAUCGAGACUCUAAGCAACAUGACAUCGCACAUGAAGGACAAGACGAUUGUUGCGACCGGUGUAGGCCAGCAUCAGAUGUGGACUGCCCAGCAUUUCAGAUGGCGACAUCCACGAACCAUGGUCACCUCAGGUGGUCUUGGUACCAUGGGUUACGGCUUGCCAGCUGCUAUUGGUGCCAAGGUCGGAGCACCUGAUGCUUUGGUCAUUGACAUCGAUGGUGAUGCAUCCUUUAACAUGACCCUUACCGAGCUUUCGACUGCAGCGCAAUUCAAUAUUGGCGUGAAGGUUAUCGUUCUGAACAACGAAGAGCAGGGUAUGGUAACCCAGUGGCAGUCUCUCUUCUACGAGGACCGAUUCGCCCACACGCAUCAGCAGAACCCUGACUUCGUCAAGCUUGCUGAGGCUAUGGGCGUGAAAGCGCGCCGAUGCUUGAAGCCAGCUGAUGUUAAGGAGAGCCUGGAGUGGUUGAUUUCCGGCAGUGGCGAAGGUCCUGCUCUAUUGGAGGUCAUCACUGACAAAAAGGUGCCUGUCUUGCCUAUGGUGCCUGCCGGAAAGGCAUUGCAUGAAUUCUUGGUAUAUGAUGAAGCUAAGGAGAAGGAACGAAGAAGAAUAAUGAAGGAGCGAUCUGGGCAUUAA